CAAAAUGUCUCGUCAAGAAAAGAAACAGAAAUGAAGGUACACGUGCACACGCAAUUUUGCCUCAUUUGCCUGCUGACGUUUGUCUUCCACCAAUGCAACCACUGCCACGAAGACGGGCACGAGCACCAUCAUGACGACCAUCAGAUCUCAGAGUCCACGUAUCUCCAGAACGGAAGGACGGAACCCACAUCAAACAAGGAAGCCGAAGACGCACAGAAAUACUACAUUGAAAAACUCUUUGACCACUACAGCGACAAUGGGAAAUUGUCCUUUUGGGGUCUGGAGAAGCUGCUGACGAGCCUUGGCCUUGGGGAAGUGAAAGUCGUGGAGAUCAACCACGAGGACGUAGGCCACGAUUACGUGUCUCAUCUAGAUGUCAUAGAGGUGCAAGAAGGAAGGCACUCGCACUCCCACAACCACCCUAACUCUCAUAGUCACUCAGGUUCAGAAAACCAGACUGUAAGUGACAGGUCUGCCAGGAGAUCCCAGAAGUGUGACCCCGAAAAAGAGGUCACCGAGUCGUCUUUGAAAUCUAACGGCAAACGUGCUCAUGACCAUACCCUCAGGCACCACGGGCACCACCACCACCACCCGCACCGCCAUCUUGGUCACAAUGGCAGCCACCAUUUGCAUAACGAUUCCGUAAGGGCCAGUGACCACGGGGAGCCGAGUCACGAGCCUUCCACGGAGACCAACACUACUCAAGAACAGACUGAAAAAAAACCGUGUAAGCCCAGGAAGCCUACGAAUAAGAAGAAGAGCGGCAACGCGCUGAUAGACACGACACAAGCCGUUGCUCCGGACCGUGACUCCAACGAGCAGUCCGAACACAAUCGCGUUCACAAGCAUGGCAACGCGCACCAUGCGUCCGCCUCGCACCCGCAGCUUCAAGACUGUGCUAGCGACCAUGCGGCUGCUCACGGGCAUCAGGAUCCCAGUCCAGCCAGCGGAGAUGGACAUCACCAUGCCAGAAAGCGGGAAGCCCCCCAUAAGCAGAUCAGCGUGGAAAAGCAAGAUAUCUUUUCUGCACGGAGUCACAAGGAUCAUCAUGAAGAUGAACAUCAUCACGAAGAGUGUCUAAACAUCACCCAGCUGCUGAGGCAUUAUGGUCUUCGCCCCAAUUCUCCAAUUACCCCCCGUUUGUUUACAUACCUGUGUCCCGCGUUGCUGUACCAGAUUGACAGGAGACUCUGUAUCAAACAUGACGACGAUCUGCUGAUUGAAGAGCUGAGCAAAGGAAAAAACGCAUCCCUUGAGCAUAUGGAUAAAACAGGCGCAUCAGCCUGGAUUUGUGGCAUCAUUUCUAUCACGGUCAUUAGCCUGCUGUCCUUGCUGGGGGUGAUCUUGAUCCCUAUCAUUAACCAAGGGUGCUUCAAAUUCCUUCUCACCUUCCUGGUUGCUCUGGCGGUUGGAACCAUGAGCGGAGACGCGCUGCUUCAUCUGUUGCCACAUUCGCAAGGGGUGCACAACCACAGCCACCACGAGGGCCCGGGGCACGUGCACGAGCACCAGCAUUCCCACGGCCAUUCCCACGGGCACGGAGGAGGAGCCGUCCAGAGCUUCCUGGAGGAGUACGACGCGGUGCUGAAGGGCCUGGUGGCGCUUGGCGGCAUCUACCUCCUCUUCAUCAUCGAGCACUGCCUAAGGAUGUUCAAGCACUACAACAAGCACAGGACCAAACAGAAAUGGUGUAAGAAGCAGCAGAAGGCCGAUGAGUCUCCAGUGGGGAGGAAGCUCUCGGAUCACAAGCUGAACAGGCCCGACGCCGACUGGCUUCAGCUGAAGCCCCUGGCAGGAGCAGAUGACUCCGUCCUGUCUGACGACCGACUUAAUGAAACUGAAUUAACCGACCUGGACGGUCAGCUCGACUCCAUGCCAAAGACUUUCUUGUCUAUGAAAAAGGGAAACAGCACGCUCCAUUCUUAUAUCGACAUCCCCCAAGAUGUACGGAGCAACAACCUCCCCGACGUGGAGUACGUGGGCAACCAUCGAGAAGACAAAAUUGUUGUGCGGAAACACAACCACCUCUGGCCGCACAAACAUUCCCAUCAUUCCCAUGGCCACUGCCAUUCCGGCAAAGACUUGAAAGACACCGGCAUAGCAAAUAUAGCCUGGAUGGUCAUCAUGGGGGAUGGUAUCCACAAUUUUAGCGAUGGCUUGGCCAUUGGAGCAGCAUUCAGCGCCGGCUUGACGGGAGGCAUUAGUACAUCCGUAGCAGUAUUUUGUCAUGAGCUUCCCCACGAAUUGGGGGACUUUGCUGUGCUUCUGAAAGCGGGCAUGACUGUGAAGCAGGCUAUUGUUUACAACCUCCUCUCGGCCAUGAUGGCUUACGUGGGGAUGCUGAUAGGGACGGCUGUGGGGCAGUACGCCAACAACAUCACGCUCUGGAUCUUCGCCAUCACUGCCGGCAUGUUCCUCUACGUGGCCCUGGUGGACAUGCUUCCAGAGAUGCUCCACGGCGACGGCGACAACGAAGAGCACGGCUACUGUCCGGUGGGGCAGUUCAUCCUCCAGAAUUUAGGGCUUCUCUUGGGGUUCGCCAUCAUGCUGGUGAUCGCCCUCUAUGAAGACAAAAUAGUGUUGGACAUCCAGUUUUGACCAUUCCCAGUACUCAGCUGCGAUUACCACACCAUUACCUGUACGGCUUCCAGUCCACACUGUUGUACUGUAUCCACGGCGUUCCCAGGCAGACCAGUGGCUUGCGCCGCUUACAAGCCCAGUGUUCUGGUGUCUGCGCAAACAAGCUCCUGCUUUCUCGCUCAAACAGACAAACGGGAAAGGGGCCUGACUUGAAUGUGUGGAGCAGCUUCUCAAAGGUAAGGCCCACAUCUUCAGCAGGCCGCGUCGGAAGCAGGAAAUGCGGCCACUCGUCGUUCUCCACUCGUCCACUGCAGUGUGCGGCAGAAGCCGGAGCCCCUAGUUGAGAAGGCUGUUCAUUUUUAUACUUGAGCAAAUGCUGACACGUGCUUCUCGGCGGGGCCCUGGUGGCAGACGGAAACAGUCCAUUGCCCUUGCCAGAGGCUCCUGCUUAGAGCUGGCCCCCUUCCCCCCCCCCACGCAAGAAAAAUAAAUCUGUUGGUGCAUGACUAGGAAGCACUCUGCGUGGGCUGUUUUCCAGGGUUUUUUUUUACAAAAUGCUCAUGCAUGUUGUCGUUGAUAGUCUUGCAGCAGUAUGAGCAUUUGAGAUGCUACCGAGCCUUGUGUUUGCUGUGGCCCGUGACUUCCCAGGACUCUCCUAUCAUCUGUUUUGAUCUGUGCGGAAUGGCUGUUGAGCAAAGAGAAGCUUUGUUCCCGGUCCCCACACUGGACGGCCAGUUUCCUUGCCAAUUGGCUGGGCGUUGUCACACAGGGCCCGUUAUCCUACCCCCCAGGGCACAGUGACGCUCCCUUCUGCAAGCAGCUCCGUAGCUUCACAGCGGGGAAUAGUUCUUGUCAUGCUGUACUUUGUCUUCUUUGAAGCCCACGGAGCACCAGGAACACAAGCUUCUGCAUCGAGCCCCAGAGGCCCGUGUCGUCCAAAAUGGGGGUCGGGUGGGGAAUGACAAGCUUUACGUAUUUGAUGUUAGCUCGUAGAUGUUGUUAGCAAAAUGCUGAAUAGUUAAUACUGACAAGAUUUGGGGGGGGGUUCUCUCUGGCCUUUUCCUGGAAUAGUUUUAAUACAUAACAGGGGCUUCUUGAGACCUGAACUACUGACAGGAUGUGUUGUGAGUUUGUCGCUUUGUUCCUCUCGCGGAGCAGCCGUGUUUUGAUUUCCGUGGUUGUAAUGGCCAAAUAGGUUCUCCCUUUAUAAGCGGUGAUCCAAGGAGCGCAGCAGCGCCCCUUGGAGGCGGUCCUGGUGACUGUUUACACAACUCCCUGGGAACAGUUCCAAAUGUAUCACGUUGGCAUGCCUUGCCCCCUGAGCUUAGAGUACCCAUCAGUGCUGGGAACUGGGACCAUGUUAAACGAGAGCUGCUUCCAGGACAUGCUGCGUGGGCUGUGUUUUUAAGUUUUUGUUACGUUGUAGGGAUCUUCUGGGUUUAUUCCUGUGUUAAGGGGGCGGGGGGCGCUUCUUCAGUAAUGCAGGAAUCCCAUGGUCACAGGGAAGGGGACGAUAGAGUGGUUUCCCACCUAAGCUGUCUCCUUCCUGGGAGCUGGAUGAUGCAGCCACACUGCUGUCUUCUCCUACAUGACCGGAGGGUUCCUGUGACUGUGGAAUGUUACGGGAAGGAGCCCAACCAUGGAGAGAACAUUAGGCUCUAUCCCUUAGUUUCUGGCAAGGCAGCUUUUGCCGUCUUCAUAGUGGUGCCUGUUGACCGGUAGGAUGGGCUCCGCCAAAAAGCCUUAACCUGCAGGGGGAAAGCUUUAACGUUCGUGCCAAGCAAGCGUGUAUUUCCCUGGUCCAGCUGAGUCUCCUCCGCAUGCUUGUAUUGUGAGUUCACAAGGAGAGCAAACCCUGUUCCUCUCCCAUUCUGACGUGAUGCUGAUACAGUCUUAACAGCGCUAGCAAAACACGGCGGCUGACUCCUCUCCGCUCUCCUUCUGUCUUUGUCCCGAUCUCCGUAGACAAGCUCAGCUGCAUUCUGAGUAGGUACAAAAGCUGAGCUCACGUCGCCUUGUUGGGCUCCUAAAAAAUUAAGUUGGCCAGAAAGCUGAAAGCGCCUUUCAUUCCAAGUGAUGAUCAACUUUGAGCCUGCAGUGUCAAUCCUUCCAUUUAACCGCUAUCGUCAUUCCUUUUUGACAUGACCGCCGCGACUUCCCAAUCGAGGCUUUCUUUGGUACAGUAUUAAGGAUCAGGUUGGAUCCGGUGGCGUAUCCGAGGGGGCGGGGGGCUCCCCUUCUGCCGUUGGCGAUCGCGCAGAAUUCAUUCAGACCCUUGCAGCCGUGUGAGGACCGCAUCAUCGGAUCCCGCUUCUUGGGCUUUGCCUGAUCGCCCCUUGCUGAUGGGUUUUCUAAUAAUUUCUGUUCCGAUCCAGGCAAUUCUGGGUCAAGUUUAAAUCUCGUUGAAGUUACCGGAUUCCUCUGGCUGCACAAUUAUGAUUAAA